UAUCAAAACAUUUGACUAUACUUGGAGUAGCACAAUUUUUCAAAACCUUGAACUUCUGCGUCAUUCUAAUUAAUUAACAACAAUUCUAUAGCAUGUAUCUAAGUAUCUAUAAUUUGUUUGUUCUCUUUAUCGAUUGGUAAGAGAUAUCGGGGAAAAAAAAUAAAAAUAAACUUUGGCUAGUCAUUCCACUUGACUAGAAACUACCCAACAGUUUGAUUAAGCUUUCAGAAAGACAAAAGAGGUUUUUGAAUAAACUUCACUGUGGUCAUUGUUAGAAAUGGCAUCAUCGACAAAAGUCACACUAAAGCAGGGUAGAGUUGUUGGUGGAACAGACACUCUACCAAAUGGAAAUUCCUAUUAUUUUUUCAAAGGAAUUCCAUACGCCGAACCACCAAUAGGAAAAUUAAGAUUUAAAGCUCCAGUUCCAUUAAAAAGUUUUUCUGCACCUGAAAUAGAAUGUACAAAGGAGGGAAAUAUAUGUUUCCAUCGAGACAGGUUUACUGGAAAGUACUUAGGCUCAGAAGAUUGUCUUUUUUUGAAUGUUUAUACUCCAAAAAUCGAUUCUAAUGGAAUAUUACCUGUUAUGGUUUAUAUACACGGAGGAGCUUUUGUAACAGGAAGCGGAAAUAGUGACAACUAUAAUCCUCUAUAUCUGAUGCAGGAAAAUGUUAUUGUUGUCACAAUGAACUAUCGCCUUGGACCGCUAGGCUUUCUAUCAUUUCCCGAGGGUAAUAUACCCGGAAACGCUGGCCUUAAAGAUCAAAGACUUGUACUGGAAUGGGUUCAAGAGAAUAUAUCCAAGUUUGGUGGAGAUCAAAAUAAUGUAACACUCUUUGGUCAAAGUGCUGGAGCCAUUAGUGCUCAUUUCCAUGUGUUGUCAGAAAGGUCAAAGAAGCUGUUUCACAAAGCAAUCUUGCAAAGUGGUCUAGCCAAUAUGACAUGGAUGGUAGAAGAUAGACCUUCUUUCAAAACAAUUCAAUUAGCUAAAAUGCUUGGUUGUUCAUCUGAAGACCCCAUCGAAAUAAUAGACUUUUUACAGGAACAUCAAGAUCUGGAGAAAUUUUUUGAACCUAUAUUCAAACCACCAAGUUUGGCAGAUCUUGUUACGGGUUGUCCAGUGCCAGCAAAACCUGCAAUUGAAGAAGACUCUCCAGAGGCUGUGUUUACAAAGCCUGUAUUAGAAUCUAUGAACAAUAAGAAUUCCAUUGAUAUUCCUCUUAUUAUUGGAUGCGCUUCGGCAGAUGGAACUGUUGUACUUCCCGCACUCAUUGGAGCUCUAGAUAAGCUGGAAAGUAAUUUACGUUAUUUCGUUCCAGGAGGUCAUAAAUAUUUUGAAAAACUCAAAGACCUUGAACAUGCCAUCAAAGAAUUUUAUUUCAAAGAAAAGAACAUAGACAAAACGACUCUGAAUCAACUAAAUGAUCUUUUAACUGAUUUCUUUUUUACAACUCCAAUCAGAGAAACAGUAGAGCUACAUUCAAGGAAACAACACAAUUCACCAUUGUAUUUCUAUAGAUUUGACUUUGAAGGAGCCUUGAAUUUACAUAAGAAAAAGUAUAAAUUAGAAAAUAUUAUCAAAGGUGCUGCUCAUUGUGAUGAAUUGUACUAUAUUUUCCAAGCAAAAAGCUGCCCAGAGCCAUGGAGUGAAAGAGAGAAGAAAAUUGUAGAAGUUUUGUGUAAGAUGUGGGCAAAUUUCGCCAAGUAUAGUAAUCCAACAUUGGGUUGUGAAUGGAUGGAUGUUAAGAAAAUUGAAGAUGGUGAAGAAUUUUUGCUGCCAACAUUUGUAAUAGGCGAUACCAGGGGAAUGGCUGAAAAUCCUUGUGCGGAAAGAAUGGAUUUCUGGUGUAAUUUGAAAAAGACUGCUCAUAAACGACUAGCAGGUUUAACUGAAUCAUUUUAAGAUUUGUUUUGUUCAUAUAGCUGAUGUUCCCUUGUAUUUGUAAGGUAAUAUGUAUUACUAUAAUAUUAUGUAUAUUUUGUAUGUUUAUUUAUAAUCAACAUAAAAUAUAAUGUAAAGUGAAAUUAGA